AGAUGUACAUAAUCCCUGAGUUGACCCAGAAAAUAGGCAGUCGUUUCAAGAUCUGAUGCGGCAGUCUUUGUGCACACCGUCCCCGCUUGAGCAUGAAGCGUAACCCUGUGGAAUACACACUGUAAUUUCAGAGGAGCUUUUUUGCCUUGCAGAGGAGGAAAACUGUUUAAAUAGACGGAGCCGAAGCAAAGUCGCGCAACUUUGUGAAAACGUAGCGGAUACGGACAGGAGGCAUGGCAGACCAUCUGAUGAUGCCCAUGAAUCACAGCUCAGCGGGCGCCAGUCUCCACGGUUACAGGAUGGGCAUGAAUGGCGGCCUGCAGGCAGGUCACCAGCAGCAUGCCAACCAGCAGGGCAUGCGGGCGCUGCCCAACGGCCAGAUGAUGCACUACGGUGGCGCCCAGGCCAACAUGGAGACGGCCAUGAGGCAGCGGCAGGGCAUGGUGGGCGGACCCAUGAAUGGACAGCUGAACGGGGCCCAGAUGGGUCACCACCAGAUGACCUCUGGUAACAUGAUGUACAACGGCCAGCCCCAGCAGCAGCAGCAGCAUCACCCUCAGCAGCAGCAUCACAUGCACCCACAGCAGCACCAACAACAGCACCAGCAACAAGCCCAGCACCCACAGCAGCAGCAGCAGCAACAACAACAGUUCAUGAGUGGAGGGUUAACGUCCCAGCAGCUUAUGGCCAGCAUGCAGCUGCAGAAACUCAACACCCAGUACCAUGGACACCCACUGGGGCCUAUGGGUGGGAACCACAUGGGGCCCACCACCCAGUACCGCAUGAACCCGGCCCAGUUGGCUAACAUGCAACACAUGGCCGGGCCGGCGCUGGCCCUGAACGGCAUGGACGCAGAUAUGAUUGACGAGGAGGUUCUGACCUCGCUGGUUAUGGAGCUGGGCUUAGACCGGGUCCAGGAGCUGCCAGAACUCUUCCUGGGCCAGAAUGAGUUUGACUUCAUCUCAGACUUUGUCAGCAAACAGCAGCCCAGCACUGUUAGUUGCUGAGAGGACCUGAUUUGCAAAGGGGCACAAACGGAGAUGGAAGAAUGAGAAUUAUCCAGGGUGGAUGAAGAGCGCUCAUCUCUUCACUUUUUAUUUAGCGAGCACCGACCCUGUGCGACUAAGCAGUGUUGUGGCGCAGAGUGCUCAGAAGAGAACUAUGGAUAUCCACAGGGAACACACAGUGCUUGAGUCUCACAUGUACCAGUGGCCAGAGGGUGGCUGGCUCCAAGGUUGAGUUCCACCUCUCCCAUUUCCUGGACAUGAAUGUAAUAAAGAAAUGCUGAAAAUCUUAAAAAGCCACUCUGAACAAUGCUAUGACACUGUGUAGCCUCAAAGCCUGGACUCCAUGACAGUUUACCAGUACAAAGGUGUAUUUAUUUAUUCCUAUCUGAGAAAACUGAUAUAAAGAACAACCACCUUCUCUAUUUUGGGAUGUGGUUCUCAUGAUUUUUUUUUUCUGAGAGUAGGAUGGGGAAGAAAAUUCAAAUUAAGUUUUCUGCUCAUGAUUUUUUUUUCCCAUUCUAUUUGGCCUAGUAUUUAAAUAAGCUCAGAUGACAAGGUCAUUUAAAGAAGAGCCUGUAUUUUCUAUCAUAAGUCAGACACGAUAGAAGUACAAUGCUAUCUCAUUUGAAUGGGAGCCUCAUCCAGAUUUAAAAAAUGGUUCACUUUUGGUAAAGUGCUGCCUUUUUAGAUGUGAUGUUCUCAAAAAAACCUACUGCUUUUACUGUAUGAAGCUGUAUAACUCCAACGUGUCCACACUGUUGUGUUCUAUUGGAGAUGUAGAACCGCCUUAAUCGCGCAGAUUCUUAUUUAUUGGUUGUUUAUAUUGUCCCCUUUUUUGUGGUCAAGAUGGGGGGGUGGUCUUUGUGAAGGGGGUUUUGAGGAUCAAUAAAGAUGGCCUGGAUAGAAA